AUGGCUGAAGCAGUAAGUAGUCAUACACCAGAAGUUGGUGGGGAUCGUCAUCUUGAUGAGGCAGAAACUCCAUUAUCCCCUCGUGAGAGCACAGGAAGGAUAAUAAUAAAGGCAAAGAGAAAACUGUUGGAGAAUCUUCAGGAGAAAAGGCGAGACAUCCCUCUUUCAAAACGUUUAAGAGCAGUGGAUUCAGAACACAGUACAGAGUUUGCCGGUGUCCUUAAUCCUAUAGUCGUUCUUACUUGGAUUCAGAACACAGAGAAAGUAUUCCGUAUUUCCCAUGUGGAUAAUGAAGACAAGGCUAAUUACGCAUUUGCAAUAUUAGUUGAUGAAGCCUUGGUCUGGUGGGAAGCAACAUAUGAAGCUCUCAAUGGUUAUGACCAGGAGAACUUGUCCUGGGAGAUGUUCAAGACUCGUCUGCUAGAGAAGUAUUGUCCUCUGGACAUGAGGAUAAGGUUAGAGAAAGAAUUACUAGAACUCAAACAAGAAGGGAAGACGUUGUUCUUGGAAGGGUUACGAUAUGAAAUCUGUGAUUUUGUGAUAAAUCGGGAUGUUCUAUCAUUUGAUAAAGCUGUAGAGUAUGCUCGAAAGCGUGAGCAUGACUUGGAGAUACGUGGUGCCACUCUUUCUGUUUCAAAACUGCCACGUAUUGAACGAACUACUCCUGUUUCCUCUAUGCCACCACCUCAAUGUGUUCGAGUCGAUUCAAAUUCAAGGAUGCAAUCUCAGAAUGCAUCUCGUGGCCGUGGAAGGUCACAAUCUUUUUCUCUUCAGUCACCAUUAUGUAGAAGAUGCGGAAAGAAUCACCAAGGCCAAUGCGGAAUAGAUAAAGGAUCAGUGAUAUGUUAUGGAUGUGGAGAAAUCCGUCACAUUACUACAAAAGAAGCACGUGAGGACCCGAACGUUGUGACGGGUACAUUUCUUGUCAACUCUAGACCUGCUCACAUCUUGUUUGAUUCUGGUGCUUCAGAUUCUUUUGUGUCUCAUGAAUUUGCGCAUUCUUUUCAAAUUGCUUGCUAUGCAAUUGUGCAACCAUUUCACGUAGAUACUGCGGGAAGUAUAUCAUUACUUGCUGAUAAAGUCUAUAGGGAUUGUGUUAUAGAAAUUGAAGGCUAUAAUUUUCUUGCUAAUCUGAUCCUUAUCUCCUUGCCCAAUUUUGAUAUUAUUCUCGGCAUGGAUUGGUUGUCAAUAAAUCAUGCUGAAAUCUUAUGUUAUGAAAAGAUAGUAUGUAUUCCUAUCGAAGGGAAGAAUCCUCCUUACAUCUACGGUGAACAAAGACCUAAAAGCUUAAAAAUACUUUCUUUCUUAAAAGCUUGUAAGUUCAUAUCGAAAGGAUGUUCUAUCUAUCUGGCCUAUAUAGUUGAUACCUCGAAAGAGGAGAAGAAAAGUGUAAAUGAGGUCCCGGUGGUUCGAGAUUUUGCUGAUGUUUUUCCGGAGGAACUACCUGGGAUACCUCCGGAGCGACAGGUGGAGUUCAAGAUUGACCUCGUUCCCGGUGCGGCUCCGAUAGCCAAAGCACCGUAUCGGUUGGCUCCUCCCGAGAUGCAGGAGUUGUCUACGCAGCUGCAGGAGCUGCUGGACAAGGGAUUUAUUCGGCCGAGCAGUUCGCCCUGGGGAGCCCCGAUUCUGUUUGUGAAGAAGAAGGAUGGGUCGCAUCGGAUGUGUAUAGAUUAUCGGGAGCUGAACAAGGUAACGGUGAAGAACCGUUACCCGCUUCCGAGGAUUGAUGACCUCUUUGACCAGCUUCAGGGUGCAUCUUGGUUCUCCAAGAUUGAUUUGCGUUCGGGUUAUCAUCAGAUGAGGGUCAGGGAGGAGGAUAUGCAGAAGACCGCGUUUCGGACGCGCUAUGGCCAUUAUGAGUUUGUGGUGAUGCCGUUUGGGCUCACCAAUGCUCCUGCCGCGUUCAUGGACCUCAUGAACCGCGUAUGCAGACCGAUGCUGGACCGGUCUGUGAUAGUCUUUAUCGAUGAUAUCUUGACCCUGAGGAGGGAGAGCUUGUAUGCCAAGUUCUCCAAGUGUGAGUUUUGGUUGCGGGAGGUGCAAUUUCUGGGGCAUCUCGUCAACCAGAACGGGAUUCUGGUCGAUCCGGCCAAGGUCGAGGCCGUGAUGAGAUGGGAGGUUCCGAAGUCACCAUCUGAGAUUCGGAGCUUCCUAGGAUUGGCAGGCUACUAUCGGAGAUUUAUCCAGGAUUUCUCCAAGAUAGCCGUGCCCCUGACGCGGUUGACGAAGAAAGCCGUGGUCUUUCGGUGGGGACCCGAGCAGCAGGCUGCAUUUGAGACACUGAGACAGAGAUUGUGUGAGGCGCCGAUCUUAGCCCUGCCAGAGGGCGUAGAGGAUUUCGUGGUUUAUUGCGAUGCGUCCAUUUCUGGGUUGGGCGCGGUGCUGAUGCAAAGGGGGCAUGUCAUUGCUUACGCUUCGAGGCAGCUCAAGCCUCACGAGGCGAACUACCCGACGCACGAUUUGGAGUUGGGGGCGGUGGUAUUUGCCCUCAAGAUUUGGCGACAUUACCUCUAUGGGGUCCGGUGUACCAUCUACACGGACCACAAGAGCUUGAGGUACCUCAUGGACCAGCCGAAUCUGAACAUGAGGCAGCGUCGGUGGUUGGAUGUGGUGAAGGAUUAUGAUUGCGAGAUCCUUUACCACCCGGGAAAGGCCAAUGUGGUGGCCGAUGCGCUUAGCUUGAUGGAGGAGGCGCACAAAUCCCGAUUCUCUAUUCAUCCCGGGGCGACGAAGAUGUAUAGGGAUCUUCGUCUAGACUAUUGGUGGCCCUGCAUGAAGCGGGAUGUGGCAUGGUACGUCGAGCGGUGCUUGACCUGCAGGAAGGUCAAGGCCGAACACCAGAGGCCGCAUGGCAAGAUGCAGCCGUUGGACAUUCCACUGUGGAAGUGGGAAGAUAUCACGAUGGAUUUUAUCACGAAGCUUCCCAGGACCGCGCGUGGAGUGGAUUCGAUUUGGGUCAUUGUGGAUAGAUUGACCAAGAGUGCUCACUUUAUUCCGAUUCCGGAGAGCAUAUCGGCCGAGAAAUUGGCCGACAUCUAUAUCAGGGAGAUUGUGGCACGACAUGGGGUGCCAGUAUCGGUGAUCUCGGACAGGGAUGUGCGUUUUACUUCCAGGUUUUGGAAGAGAUUCCAUGACGAGUUGGGCACUCGUCUGCAUUUCAGCACCGCCUUUCACCCGCAGACAGAUGGACAGAGUGAGCGGACCAUCCAGACCUUGGAGGACAUGUUGCGGGCGUGUGUUCUGGAUUUCGGUGGUAGCUGGGAUACCUAUCUUCCCUUGGCUGAGUUCUCCUACAACAACAGCUAUCACGCGAGUAUCGACCGCCCUCCCUUCGAGAUGUUGUACGGACGGAGAUGUAGGACCCCGAUAUGCUGGGGUGAGGUUGGCCAGAGAGUUAUGGGAAGCACCGAAGUGGUGCUCAAGACGACUGAGAGGAUACAGCAGGUCCGGAGCAGGCUUCAGACUGCUCAGAGUCGACAGAAAAGUUAUGCCGACAAGCGUCGAUCCGAUUUAGAGUUCCAGGUCGGGGAUAUGGUCCUCCUGAAGGUGUCGCCGUGGAAAGGCGUCAUCCGAUUCAGGAAGCGGGGCAAGUUGGGCCCGCGAUUCAUCGGACCGUUCAGGGUCUUAGCCCGGGUGGGCAGGGUAGCAUAUAGGCUGGAUCUGCCAGCCGAGCUUAGCCACAUCCACAGCACUUUCCAUGUUUCGCAGUUGCGGAAGUGCCUAGUGGACGAUUCUGCAGUAGUACCUUUGGAGGAUAUUCAGGUUGAUGACAGCCUGAACUACAUCGAGCGCCCAGUCGCAAUCCUCGACAGGAAGUCGAAGGAUUUAAGGAACAAGAGGGUGGAGCUAGUGAAGGUGCAAUGGCAG